CUGAGUCCAUGGAUUGGCGAACGCAGUCAUGUGACAGAUGUCGGGCUAACAUGUGAAAUCGCAGUGCCGCCGCUGCUGGCUACUUGCUGUAGUGGAUGUGUGAGAAUCCGCGCGCAGCUUUUGGACAAUAGACCUUACCUGCAUUAAAGUGGAAAAAGGGAAAUGAGGAUAUUAUAUUAGGGAGGCAAACUACAUGACCUGAGAGGAUGUAGGUGUGAUUGACAGCUUCUUCUCAUCCGGCUAGAAGAGAGAAUCAUGAGUGAAGUAUCAGAGAAGCAGGAUCAGAUGAUACCAUGAAGAAAAGUUCACAGGUCCUCUGCUGCCUACUGCUUAGUGUUGUCUUGAUCCUGGCACAGACGGAAGAGUUUGUUUCUACUACACGGGAGCUUUCUUCUAGUCAGACAGUUCUGGACUCUAGAAAAGACCUUACUGUCUCUUCGACUGUAUUGGGCACAUCUGGAAGUCAUUUUGCAUUAACAGAUCUGCAAGAGUCUUUUCUAAAUGAAGGCCAUUUGCAAGAACAUCUAGGGAAGCACAUAAGUUAUAUCCCCUCAUCUGGCAUUAUUGUGCCAACAUCUGUUAACACAUUGCCUGUAACUUGGGAAAAUGCAACACCCGACAAAAAUGUGACAGAUCCUUACAAUCUGAAAAUUACGGAACUUAACCUGUCAGCAGACUCACACCAUCCCUUUACCAUUGCUCCUUUAAACAAUGAACAAAUGCAUUUGGCUGAAAGCAUGAGGCCACUUUUGAUGGACACAACAGCAGGGCCAGCACUGCCUUAUUUUACCACUGAAUUGCAGCCUUCCUCAGUGUCUAAUGCUAAUUCAGACAUUUCUGAAUCACUUAAACACUUGACUAAUUCAGUUCCCAUUGCAAUCCUCUAUGGCCUUAAAAGUACAGAGCAAGAGACCCCUGUACUUGAUAUCUCCAAAACUAUCCCCUUGGUGGUUCUUCAGACAGCAUCAGGAUCAUUAAAUUAUCCUAUGGACAACUAUAAUAUAAGUGAGAGUAGUUCUUUCAUUGGUUUGGCAUCCAGUGGUUCAUUUUUAUUGGCUUCACCUGCAGGAACACAGGUCCACAGUUUACACUGGAGUCUGCAGCCCACUAAAGAGAGCGGUAAUUUUUCUGUCAAUACAUUGGAGAUGGUACAGCAAAAAGAUCUGACAUUAAAUCAAACAGUGGAGCUGAGUAAAGCAGAUGGUAUUGAGCCAUGGAUUGGUUCUUCAACUACCCAAUCUCCUUCCACUGUGACUGGGAACUUCUUGAACAGAUUAGUGCCUCCUGGAGCUAAGGGGUCAGGUCACCCUGGCAAUCUUUCCCAUGUGACUGAAGUGGACAAGCCUCAUCAGAGAGCCACCAUAUGCCUAAGCAAAGUGGACAUUGUUUGGAUUAUUUUAGCAAUCAGUGUGCCAGUUUCAUCUUGUUCUGUCUUGUUAACUGUGUGCUGCAUGCGAAAAAAGAAGAAGACAUCAAAUCCAGAGAAUAACCUGAGUUACUGGAACAAUACCAUCACAAUGGACUACUUUAACAGACAUGCUGUUGACCUCCCCAGGGAAAUCCAGUCUCUGGAAGCAGUAGAGGACCAGGAGCCGUGCUCCCCACCAAAUGGCGACUACAUUGAGAGUGGAGUUGUUCUCGUCAACCCCUUCUGUCAGGAGACCCUUUUCACCAACACUGCUUCAGAGAUCUAGCCUGUUGCCUAUGAAGAUUACGACUUUAGGAUGUUUAAGUUGCGUAUCCUUUGUGAAACAAUGAAACAAAAGUUUUGUUUUUUUUCCCUAUUUUAAAUUCUUUCUCAUCAAUGCUUUUCUACAUGUGAGCAAUCUUUCAAAGACUGGGCUUUUUAGGAUAAAAGAUGAAAAAAGAUAUUAAAACAAUACUAAAAAUCAGAGACUAUUUAAUUAUGAAGUCUACCAGUGUAUUUUUCUGAUUUACAUGUUUUCUACACUUGGACAAUUGUAAUAAUAUGGUUUAUAUCUGUUUUUUAAAUGGCAUUUUUAUGUUCUUAUGGUCUCGUGAGUACAAAUGUAGCAGUUUUGCUGUACUGUAGAGAGACCACAUAACCCAAAUCAAGUAUACUAAUUCAGUAUUAAAGCCUGUUGAACUUGAAUUCUACAGAAGUAAUACUUGAUGCAUCUUUUGCGUUGAUCUAUUGCAGUAAUGCUUUUUAUGUAUCAGUUUUUAACAUUAUGUGAGUGCAUAGAUUUUACUCUUGUGCUACCGUCAAUCUUAUAUUAAGGCAAAGAGAAAAAAAAAAACAAUUCAACUUUUAGCAAAUUAGAAGUAUUAUUCUAGCUAGUCAGUAAAGCAUAUACUUAUUAGUACAACAGUAAUCCCUAUGAAUUUACAUGAUAGUGAACGUGUCGUCUCUACAGAGAAGCACCACCACUGCCAGCUGAGUACGUAGUUUUAAAGUAAAUUAACUUCAUGCAGUGGAAGCAUCUGGGUAGGGAUCCACGGCUGGUUGUUCUGAUCUUUAGACGGUCAAUGUUUCCAUUUAAGGAUGCACUCAUUGAAGAUGCGCUGUCCAUCUCUACAGAUGUGUGUUGACGUUGUUGCUGUAAAAAAGUAGCUUGUUUGUUACCAUUUUUUGUUGGAUUUUGCCUUUUUCUGUUUGACAUUAGCAAAACAUCUUGUACUAUAUCUGUCUGCUGUAAAACAAAGUUGUAAAUUGUGCAUUUGAACCCCUGCAUACACAUUUCAGCCAUUCUGCAGUUAAGCGCCAGUAAACUUUAGUAAGUUUGUUUAAUAUUAACUGUACAAAAAUAUUUGGAUUUCUCUUGUGUAUGUGUUUAAAGGAACAGAAUAAUUUCUUGCCAUUGAUUUGAGUGACUGUAUAAUGUCGAAUCCUUUUUAGUUGGAUUGCUUGUGAUCACCCUCAUUGAUGAGGCUUUUGACUGCAGAAUGGUUAAAAAGAAACUUUUUAACACCGUUCAUUUUACAUGCUUUGUGCAAAAUGAGGCGAGGGAAUGGGGUUGAAAUGAUUCCAACAGCGAGGUUUUUGUAUUGUAGUAUAUAUAUGCUGUGAUUUUUACAGACAAGCAAUAAAAAUCUUAAAAAAGA